GCUGCUUGGCUCAAGUCACUCUUCUCCAAUAAUUUUUGUAGCCGCAACCAAAGACGUUUUCUCUCUCUAUCUAGAUCUAGAUCUUUCGCAAGAAGAAACUAAAAGAGUCUUUGGAAUAUGGUGCAGUUCCAUGAAAUCAUCGAGGUCCAGCCGCCGAGCCCGCUAAGAUACCUAAUCGGAGCGGCGAUCAUGAUGAUCGGAGUCGUAUUACCCGUCGGUUACAUGAUGUUCCGAAAUAAGCGCUCUCCUUCUUCUUCUUACCCCAAACAGACGUAGGACUAAAACUCUGAUAUAGAGAAAAUUUUGAAGGCUUGAAUGAUAAGGAUACAGAGCAUUUAAUACACUGCAAGGCGAAGGAGUUUCGAUUGUAAAUGCGUCUUUCAAGCCCUGUCAUAUAUCUUGUUUGAAACUUUAGCUAUGAUGGAAAUUCUUCUACUAUUCUUCUUCAGUAGUUGUUUUUUAUCUAGAUGUUCUUGGUUGCAUUUGCAUAAGUGUUGUAAUGACUGCCAUGAUCAAUAUACUGAUAUUUUGUUUGCAAUU